UAUACCACAACCCCAUCACACAUUCACUCGUUUCUUCGUAAGAUUAUGGAAUUUCAUGCCACGUGUAAUUUUCGUACCGGUUCGUACUGAUGAGAGUCCCAGGACCUUUGCUUUGUCUGUGGCUUUAACGACGAAACGUCACAGUUCCACAACUCGAAUCCAACGGUCAGAAUCUCAAUCCUCAACAAUCACAUGAAUCUUGGACCUACCCAUUGUGGUUUUCCAUUAUAAAUAGAUGAUAAAGCACGGGUCCGAAUUCAUAUAUCCCACCAAACACAAAGAAAAAGCAAAGAAGAAGCCAAAGAACAAGAAAGACGGAAUGGCUUCUACAAUGCUCUCCUCUGCCUCGGUCGCCACCUCACCGGCUCAGGCUCAGGCCACGAUGAUCGGUCCGUUCACCGGCCUGAAAUCGUCCGACCCCGUAACCCGCAGGGCCAGCAACGACAUGACCUCACUCGCAAGCAACGGUAGCAAAGUUAACUGCAUGCAGGUGUGGCCGACGACCGGAAAGAAGAAGUUCGAGACCCUAUCGUACCUUCCAGACCUGAGCCAGGAGUCCUUGGCCAAGGAAAUCGAUUACCUUCUCCGAAACAAAUGGAUUAAUCCUUGCCUCGAAUUCCAACUGGGCAACGGUUUCGUGUACCGUGAGAACCACAGGUCCCCGGGAUAUUACGAUGGGCGCUACUGGACGAUGUGGAAAUUGCCAAUGUUCGGAUGCACGGACGCCGUUCAAGUGAUCAAAGAGCUCGAGGAGGCGAAGAGAGAGCACCCCGAUGCCUUCAUCCGGAUAAUCGGAUUCGAUAACGUCCGCCAAGUCCAAUGCAUCAGUUUCAUCGCUUACAAGCCCAAGGGCUUCUAAUAACUUUGAAUAUCAUCUAUACGUAUACGUGUAUAUAUAUAUAUAUAUAUAUCGACCGUGGAUACGAUGAUGUAAGGUAGUGGACUUGUUCCUUUGUGUUGGUGAAGGGCUUUCUCCUGUCUCCGUUCCAACCGGAUCCAUGUUUAUUCUCCGGUUUGUGAGACAUUUUCUGUCGUAUUCCUAAAUGUUCGAUGAAUAAAUACGUAGUUUUGUACGUUCCCUUGGGUUGAUGUUGAGUGUCUUCGUUGUGUA